AUGCUUCCUCCCACUCUCAAAUAUGGCAGGCGACAAGCCGUUGGCCGAUUACUACAGCAAUGGAUUGAAAACCCGGAAUCAGACCCGUCUAUGAACAUAUGUCCAAUUAUUCCCUCUACCCUGAAAUUCAAAGACCUCAAGAAGUUCAAGCACCUGGAAAUAGAGACAGAUAUGAGUCCUUAUCUUCCUCUUCAGAUUGAGCACGAAUUUGGAGGUCUCGAAAUAAUGGGCCCAACCGGUGGGGCGUGGGAAAAGAUCGCCAUAGUUGAGUCUGACGCCCCAUUAGACCCUAAACACCAGGAUAUUAGUACCUGGGAAGGGCAGAUUGCACCUGGGCUGUUAAUUGUUGAAGAAAUAAAGCGAACAACCGGUGUCUUCAUGUCAGAAGUCUGCCAGGCCAUUUACCAAAACCACUUCCCGAUUGAUACUUUGAAUUAUGUCUAUAUGCUCGAUGUUUGCAAUACGGAUACUCGUUCCUUUGUCAGGGACGAACUUUAUACGAGAUCUAAUGGCCUCACUUGGCCAGAUGACCAGAUACGUGAUUGGGUAUCUGGAACCCCGGAAUUCGAGGCGCUGCUAGGGACAAAACUUGGCCAGACUGUGGCAUAUUUGGUUUUGGGGGCCUUCAGACGUGGAACUCGCCGAAUCUCACGAAUCAGGAUUUAUCAUUCGUUUGAGGCAUUGCAGUUGCAAUUUGCCAUUGAGGAGAUUGAGCAGGUUGUUCCGACUUGCAACCCGACUCAAAGCUCUUCUGCUCGUAGUACACGGUCGACAUCGCGCCGCCAGCGAAAAAUCGAAUGGAGGAAAGCUCAGAGACAAUGGCCCCAAUGA